CUCACGAUGAACAUUUUUUGAACAACAACAACAAAGUAACUUUUUGACAAUUGUUUAAUUCCCUAUUUAAUGUUAAAAGAGAGGUCAACAUUUAUUUACACCCACAUGAUAAUUUUCUGAAAAGAUAAAAGAACAUAUCAUUUGACUGAAACCUCAGGAUAACCAGACUGUGGUAACUUCAAAUUAUUUUAAGUGCUUUAAAAAAAACAACGUUGCCAUGGGGAAUGGAAUGAAUAAGAUCAUAACAGGGGUGUAUGUUGGAAAUUUUCGUGAUGCUAAAGAUCCUGUUCAGCUGGCAGAUAACAAGAUUACUCAUAUCUUAGCUAUACAUGAUAAUGCUAAAGCUUUACAUAAGGUAAAACAACAUUUGGCAGGAGUGUCCCGAAGUGUAACUAUUACAGCUGCAUAUAUUAUGACGGUGACGAAACUUGGUUGGAGGGAUGCCAUAAACUCUAUUCGAGGUGCAAGAAAUUGUGCUAAUCCUAACUUUGGAUUUCAGAAACAGUUACAAGACUGGGAAAAUGAAGGCCUUGAAGAAGCUCGACGAAAAUUCAAAAAUAAAUAUCCAGACAAUUCUUUUGAUGAUGAGAAGGAAUGCAGUGCCUUGUUAAAAUGCUACAACCAUUUUCUAAUGACUGGAGAGACUAGAAAUCAACAAUUAUAUUCCCUCCCACAUAAAGCUUACAAGGAAAGAACUAAACCUGAUCCUAAAUCUGACAGUGUGCCUAAUACUGACAAUAUACCUAGUGUUUCAAAGACAGAAAGUGAAAAUAAAGACAGCGAGGGAACUGUGCAAUAUGAUUCAAGAAAAAGUGCUGACUGUGAGAAUAACAAAUUAUCAGAUGUGACAGGUCAAAAACCAUUUGCAUAAUCUUGAAAAUCAGGGAAAUAACAAAUUAUUCAAAGAUCUGUCACAGUGCCUCAGUUUACGUUAAAUCAUGUGCAUGUAACAGUAAGAGAUGAUUAAAAUAACCGUUGUAGAGUUGAAUUGUAGAAAUUAAAAGAAACUUCUCAUAAAUUUUAUCUUUUUUCUGAACUAUAAAUAUUUAAGUACACGUAUACUGAUAAACACUAGGCAGGGAAAAUAUAGAUAUGACAUUUUAUCUUUAGAAAUGUAAAGGAAGUUGUAAUUGGGAAAAUAUUUCAAGCCAAACUAAGUUAUGUACAGGAUAAUGUAUAUCAAACAUCUUCAAUGAUAUACUUAAUGCAAUGUUACAGACUGUAGUUCAUCUGUACAAAAUAGAACAACAAUUGUGUGAAUUUUUGCUCUUUGUGAAGUGUGCACAGCUUAUUACACACAGUAGAGCUUUAUUGUAAACACACAGCAUUUUCUGCAGCAAUCUUGAUAGAUGAUUAUAUUUAUAGUAUGAUUAGGAAUGUCUUUGAAUGUAUUUAUAGGCCCAUUAUGCCACAGAAAUGCUAUCAAUUUUAUUUCUCAAAAACUUGCCACAUACAUGAACCUUUUUUUCUACUUUUGCUCUGUUGGCAAUUGGUAUAAUUAUAGUAAGUACAAAUGUAUUUUGUAUGAAAGUCAAAAUACUACUUUGUUUAUAUUUUCUACCUCUACGACACAGUACUACACAUUCAACCCUACUCUUUCAGUUGUUUUAACAUCUAAUCAGCUCUAAAUUCAUUAUCAAAACAUUUUUACACAAAUGUUUGACAUUUCUAAUGAAUUGAAAAAAUAUGGAUUUCUGAGGCAUAAUUUGCUUUUAAAUAUAGUUAUAAAAAUGUGCAAACUCAGGAACCAAGCAACUUGUAGAUAAAUCAUGUUUUAAUCAGGAUAUGAAGAUAUAAAGAUAAUCAUAUAUUUUUGCUGAGCAGAUAUUUUGUUUGUAAUAUUUAUUUAUUUUUGUAGAUAAAAAAAGACAGUUUUCAAUUACAUUUAGUCUAUGCAACACCUGCUUAAUGUACUUUUCUACCUGCAUUAUUUUAUGCCUGGAAAAAAAAAAAGAGAAUAUUGUUAUUACACUGCCUUUGUGUAUUGGAGUGUUAUGUCCCUUUUAUUUAUUAACAUGCUGUAUAUCUUUUAUGAAAUGUGUCACUUUUGCGACACUGUAAAAGCUAUAUGACACAGCCUUGUACAUGAGAUGCAAAUGAGCUUAAUUAUGCAAACAUUACUUUUGUUUAUUGUAGUGUGGUUUAAAGUCAAUUUUUUUUUCAUUGUGUUUUUUUUCCCUUAUUUUUCAUAUUUUCAGGGUAUAUGGUAAAUAUAAUGUCAAGAUUGUUUACAUGUAUGAUGUAAUUUCUAUUCUGAAUAUACUGACUGAGCUAAAUUACACUCUUUGAAGCAAAAUCUCUGUCAAUACUGUUUAUGAAUUUUACUUGUUCAUUGGAUAUUUUUCCAAAGUCACACUUACUGAUUUAUCAAUAUCCUCUAUUUAUCAAAUACUUAUAGAGAUAUUCUGCUGUAUACACUAGAUUCGAUUCAUGGGCUAAUAUGACCCAAGAGAAAAAUGAAUAUUUCUUAUGAACAUGAUAUGAUAUUGUUGACAGUAAUGCAGUAUAUACAAGAUUGAUGCUAAAAAUUAAGAAAAAAUUCCAUUGAAAUCAGCAAAUAAUUUCCUAUUCCAGUAAACAAGUAUACUGAACUUUUUGGCAUUUAGAUGAUACAGUGUAUAUACAUCUGGUACUUGACAAAAAGCGUUAGAGAAAGGAAUAAAGCAUAAAAGUUACAUAGGAAGAGUUCAUUUGCACUGGCACUUGCAUUUGGCUGUAAAGAAUUAUACUAGACUGGAUCACAUUGGUUUCUUCCCUACAUGCAAGUUGAAGUUUCAGAACAAAAUGUUCCUGUAGUAAUGUGGAUAUAUUAUCUUCUGUUUAUCAUUAUGAUAAGCUUGAGGAAAUUUUUUCUAAAUCUUGUGUAAAAUCAGUAAAUUUUGCCUUUAUUUGUCUAAGAUUAGCAGAUUUUGCCUUUACUUGAGUAAGAUUAGUAAAUUUUGUCUUGUUUUGUGUAAGAUAAGUCAAGUUUGCCUAUUCUUGUUAAAGAUUAGUAAAUUUCACCUUUUCUUUGUUUUAGAUCAGUAAAAUUUGCCCUUCUUGUUUCAGAUCAGUAAUAUUUGCCUUUUCUUGUGUAAGAUCUGUAAAUUUUGUCUUUACUUUUGUUAGAUUAAUUUUACUCUUUCUUGUGUAUGAUAAGUCAAUUUUGCCUUUUCUUGGGUACUAAGAUCUUUCUAGUGUGUUAUUAGUAAAUUUUGGCUUUUGUUUUGUAAGAUCAAGAUUCAUCUUAAAAAUUCUUUGUCAAAUCAACUGUGCUGAAUUUACAUUAACCUUACAUUAAAGAUUAAUCUGAAAAUGAAUACUUAAAAAUAGUAGUUAUCUAUCUAUUUAUGAAAAGAUUUGAUAUGUCACAUAAUGUGAAUAUUGUUGUCACUCUGCCUUUGCAUAUCUAAAGUUAUAGGCCAUUUAUAUUUAGUCUACAUGACAUGUAUGUUUAUCUCUUUUUGUAAUGUUUGACCGUCAUGCACCUGGAAUAUAUUCUGUUACUUGUAUUUCAUAUUUCAAGUAAAGCUUGAUUGAAAAAAAAUUGUAUUUUAUACAGGUGUGUCCUGGUUUUAUGUAGAGAUGUCAUUGAUUUAGUACAAAGCAUAUCAAGGAAUGACUGUAAUGAUAUACUUAUAUAUCAUUAAUGCAUCUUUAAUUCACUUCCAUACUUGUUUAAGUGAUUUCAUGCUCAGUUAGUACAGUAAUGAUGUGUUUUGUUUAUUAUAUGCCCAUUGCAUUAUUUUUUUCUGACCAUUUUUUGUCAUUAGUGCUAUGAAAUAUGGCCAUUACUCGUUUUAGACAUGGGCAUCUGCUCCUGUAUAUGUUUGGGUAAAUUUAGUUGAUUAUGACAUUUUUGUCAUCUAAAAAAAGUUGAUUAAGAUGAAGUAAGCCACCAAAUGGUCAAAACUAUGUUGGCAACUUGAAGUAUUAACUACACAGAGAGAUUUUUCUGAAAGUGUUCAAUGUUUCAGAAUUGCUUCCAGACAGUUAAACCUGUGAACAAAGGCUACUCAAGGGAAAGAUAAAUUAUGGUCUUUAUAGACAAGUGGCCUUUAUUUAGAGGGAACUGUAUUCCAGUUUACCAAUGAAGGUUUAUCCAAAAAUGGCUUUUUUGCAGGGUGAUUUUAAUUCGUAUGUUGUCUUUAACACAAGUUUGACUGUACUUGAAAAUUUUCUGUUCUUGUUCAUAUGCUAUUUAUGUUUUAGAAGUGUUUAGAUGGCUUUUAAUUAUUUUUGCUAUAUACAGGAACUUGUGUAUGUGCGCGUGUGUGUACAAGGACUGUGGACAAUGGCUGUAAAACAAAUAUAAUACACAUGCCUAAAAUAAUUUUGCACAUGUUUAUCCCCACCAAUUUGAAGUAAAAUAAGCAACGUUAUUUCAGGAAAAUAUUCAUACAUUUUCUGCUAUAAACAAUUUUUUAACAUACAUCUUGACUAUAAUCAGGUAUAUAUAUAUAUAUUAACGUACCUGCUAUGAUGUAUUUGUUACAAGAGCAGACAUAAGUAUUUAUAAAAUUCAUAGGAGAUGUAAUCACAUAACUAACUUUUCUUUUACAGUGAAUUUUAGGAGUAUAAACUAUAAACUGAUAAUUGUUAAACUUCUUGAUUUGUGUGGAUCACAACUUUUCUAUGAUAUUUGUAGAUAAUGUCUUAGUACUUAUAAUGUGCACUAUUGUUUGUGUGUAAUGAUUUAGAAAGUCUAGUUUUACAAAUUUAUUAAACUAUUGUUAUAGUGUGUUGAAUCUACUUAUAAAGUGCAAUUAAUGUUGUUAUUUAUAUUUCUUUUGAAAGUUCUCAUAUAUACAUGUAUCAUGUGUGUAGAUUCUAGUUGAAUUUUUUUAGUUAAUAUAUUGUUUAGAAUUUCUGAUGAUUGUGUUUAGAAGAACAAGAAGUGUAAUUUAUGAACAUUUCAACAUUUUGUACUAUUACAUCUGCAACUUUUACUUUCCAAUUAGGAGUUGAUAAAAAUAUGGAAAUUAAAAAAGUUUGCUUAAUCA